GAGAGGGGAGAGAGAGAGAGCCCCAAAGCAGCCUCGUGCCUCUGAGCUGGGAUCUGCCAGGGCACAGCCAGCAUGUUGGUCCUCAGCCCGCUUGUCCGGGGAUCUUACCUGCUGCUUUUCUUCUGCUUUGCUUUGCCUCAGACUGCGUACGCUGACAAUGUCUUCUCACUUUCAGCAGAUCUGCCUUGUUUGGAACAGAAGAAGCAGCACUGCAGAGCAUGCUGCCUCCUUGGCCCUCCUCCGCCGCCCCUGUUCCCACCACCGUACUUCAGGCACAGCUGGAGCACUAAGCUGGAUAUGGAAGAGCUGUGUCAUGAGCUCCGGAUAAUACAGGCUUCCUCUCUGCCUGAAUUGCACUGCUCUGCAGGGCCUCCUGGCCCCCAGGGUCCACAAGGAAUUCCUGGUAUAAUGGGACUAAAAGGGGAGAAAGGGGAGAUUGGCAGGCCUGGAAGAAAGGGCAGACCGGGUCCCCCGGGCGUCCCUGGGAUGCCAGGACCAGUAGGAUGGCCUGGACCUGUGGGACAGAAGGGUGAAAAGGGAGAGUUGGGUGUGAUGGGAUUGCCAGGUACAAGAGGACCAAUGGGCUCCAAGGGUUUUCCUGGAACUAGAGGAGAAAAGGGAUCCAGAGGUGACAGAGGCGACAAAGGAGUCAAAGGAGACCCGGGAGAAAUAGGCUUCCCUGGAAUGCUGGGACAAAAAGGAGAGAUGGGCCCCAAGGGACAGUCUGGAGUACCAGGACACAGAGGACCUAUAGGAAGACCUGGAAAACGAGGCAAACAAGGACUCAAGGGAGACAUUGGACCGGCGGGUGUCAUGGGCCCGCCUGGCAGGCCUGGCCCUGUUGGCCAGCCAGGCCCCCCUGGACCCUCAGGACUAGGGCAAUUUGCAAUAGGACCAAAGGGAGAAAGAGGACUUCCAGGGCCUCCAGGGAGAUGUCUCUGCAGAACCCCACAGCAAAUGAGUAACCCAUCAUAUGAGCACUCUGUGUUUGGACACAGCUACCCAAAAGUUCCCGCGAUUUUUGUGGUGAACAAUCAAGAAGAAUUGGACCGGUUAAACACCGAGAACGCGUUAGCAUUUAGAAGAGAUCAGAGAUCUUUGUAUUUCAAGGAUACCUUUGGAUGGCUCCCAGUCCAGCUCUCCCCUCUGUACCCCGUGGAUUACCGCCUGGAGGAGGGGGGCACCUGUGGAGAUGGCAUUGUGCAGGAUGGGGAGGAGUGCGACGACGGCAACGCGGUGGUGACCGAUGACUGCAUAAGGUGCCGCCGUGCUUACUGUGGAGAUGGCUACAAGCAUGAGGGCAUUGAAGACUGUGAUGGGAUGGAUUUUGGAUACUUGACAUGUAGAACUUACCUUCCUGGGUCUUACGGGAAACUGCGCUGCACUCCUUACUGCUACAUUGACUCCACACAGUGUCGAUACUUCACAUGAGGGAGCAGAGGUGGGCAGCAUCCCUCGCCUAGGGGUGCUAGGUGCUACACUAUCACCUAUCCAAGAAGGACUGGGACAAAAAAACAACCCACCCACCUCUGGGAAAACAAACAAACAAAGACACAUCAUGCUGCUGAUGGCCAUUCUGAGAUUUUUUUUUUAAUAUAGAUUUGUCAGAUAGGGAAAAAUAGGACCACUGCAUCCUGUCUUAAUAGAGAAAUAAAUGUCAAGUUGUGUGUGCCAGUGAGACUUCCAUGCGGCUGCAGAUGGCUCUCCAUCACAAAAGCAACAUUAAACUACUGGAAGCUGAGUUUCAUUAACCAGGAAUGCCAUGUAACAAUUACCUCGACUUAGCACUGUUAAACCAAAAUAUAGUCUCUUCAGGGGUUUUGUCUUUAACCCUUCUCUGCAUAAACACAAAGCAUAUCUUGGAUGCAGUGUUUAGAGGGACUUUCUCUUUUAUUACAAUGUGAACUUAGCAAAUGUUGCAUCCACUAGAGAUGACUUCAGCAACUCUAAGGUUACCAGUGCUCCUUCAUUGGUCAAAGGAGUUGAAGUUCUUUCAGAAUCAGCAAACCAGUCAAAUAAGCUGGUUAACAUCACCUUCAGGUGAAGGCGUUGUCUGUGUGUGUCUGUGCACUACAAGCAGUCAGGGGAGGCUGGCAAAAUGCAGCACAAAAGGACAAACUGGACAAAUAAACUGUGAAAUAGCCAAGAAGUUCUCUCCCAGGAGAAAAUCAGACAAGGAGGGAAGAUAAAGAAGGAAUAUAUUUCUGUAUUUUUCUCCUCUGUGCUGAGCUGGCUGGGCUCUGCCUGACCCCAAGGGGCUGGGACAUCAUUGGCUCCCUGCCUGAAACCACAGCCAUGUACACAUUGUCUUCUCUCUGGUGUCCACACUGGAAGGUCUUUGCAUUUGCAACCCCUUGUCUACUCAGCCAUCACCACUGAAUUCCCAGUUAUCCCCUGUGCUCCCUCCCCCUGUGCCACUGGCUGUUUCUGCACCGUGUGCCCUAGGGUGUGUGUGCUCACUUUUGUAUCGACAAAAAUCAGACCAUGGAGUAGGGCAUCCGUGGGUGCUCGGUCAUGCUGUGCAAUGUACA